AUGGACGCUGGCGACGUGGCACCGCCCGGCGGGGCGGGUGCUGGCAGGGGCAGGGGCGGUGGCGGCCGCCGCCCCUCGGCGGGACCUGUGGGGAGCGGUGUAGGCGGACAGCGCGGAGCCAGCUCUUGUCCUGCUGUGCCAGAGGCUGUUGCCAUGACCCUCACCAAAGGCUCCUUCACCUACUCCAACGGGGAGGAGUACCGCGGCGAGUGGAAAGAAGGUCGCAGGCACGGCAUCGGGCAGCUGACGUUUGCUGAUGGCACUGCUUACGUGGGGCACUUUGAGAACGGGCUCUUCCACGGCUGUGGCGUGCUCACCUUCUCCGAUGGCUCCAGGUACGAGGGGGAAUUCGUGCAGGGCAAGUUCAGUGGCGUUGGAGUCUUCACUCGCUGUGACAACAUGACCUUUGAGGGCGAGUUCAAAGGCGGGCGUGUGUACGGCUUCGGUCUCCUGACCUUCCCUGAUGGCUCGCACGGCGUGCCCCGCAAUGAGGGCUUCUUUGAGAACAACAAGCUGCUGCGGCGGGAGAAGUGCACGGCCAUCAUCCAGAGGGCCCAGGGUGCCUCCAAGUCUGCCCACAGCCUGACAGCGUGAUGGUGCCCACAUCCCCUCCCACCAGAGCAGGGACCCCCCUACUUGCGCACUGGCUGGCCCUGGAGAAGGGACGUGGCACUGCUGGGUGCCUCCCUGCCCUUCGUCCCCUCCAAGCAUCCUCCUGCCAAACCCCUGCUGCUGGAGGGGAUGGGACCCUCCGCUCUCCACACAAGUGCCCUGGGGCAGCCGUGGUGCCUUCUCUUUCUGGCUGUAGCCCUGGCACCUGGUGGAGCAGCAGAAGGACAGGGUGACAGGGGCUUGGCCCCUCUUUCCCCCAGGAAGACUGUGGACCAUUACAGCUGCUAGCCAGCUGCAGAGGAUGGAGCAGGGGGGUAGAGGCUGGUCCCUGACCCCACUGCCAGGGUGCCUUGGCUGGAAGCUGCUGACUGAAUCACGGGCCCCCAGAGGGGUGGCUCCUGGCUCACUUUGUUGCCCUGGUCCUGGUGGCAGGGUGGGCACCCCAGGCGUACCGUGGCCUGCACCCUCAGCUCUGGGUGACUGGCCAUCCCUCUGCAUGCCCAGGGUGUGGUGACAUUGUGUCCCCAAAGAACCCAGCCUGCUCUCAGGGCCAGCCAAUGGGCUGCAUUCCCCUCAUCCCUGUGCCAAUCCACCCGUCCACCCACUGCCUUGGGGAAUCAGCAGCAGCCAUCCCCACCACGAGCGACUGGGGAAUGCCCAGCCUGGUACAUGUCUGCUGCACGCUGGGGGAGGAUGGUAGCAGUGGUGAGCAAGGAGAAGGGUCAGCUGGAGCCUGGAAUGAGGGACGUGAGCAGGGCUGCGUGGGGUGCCGGGGCUGGAGCAGGAGGCCUGGGCAGGGCAGGGAUAGAGGUAUGGCGAAGGGGCAGGCAGGGGGCACACAGUUCCCCAUAUUGCCCCCCAAAAGCGUCCUUCACCUCCCCACUGCAUGCUCACCUUCACCCCGGUGCGGUCUGGCUGGCUGUGGCACAGGGGUCCCAGCAGCCCUCACUGCCCCGUGCAGGGCUGCAGGGGCCAUGCCUCCCUGCCAGUGUCUGCCCACACCGGGCCCCGUGCCUUGCUGUGACCCUGCCUUGUGCUGCUGCCUGCACAGGCCUCAGCUGAGUAAACCAUGUUGCCAAA